GGUUCUCGGCGUUCGCGACCUGCGGUGGGAGCGGCGGAGGAAGGGGACUCGAGGUCGAGUGACUCCGGCUUCAUCUCUUCUACACCCCAGGCUGGCCCCUCGGUGGGCUGAAGCGUCGUCCUGUCUCUCGCCUUUGCCCCGGUGCUGGCUGCAGGAUGAACUGUCGGUCAGAAGUGCUGGAGGUGUCCGUGGAGGGGCGGCAGGUGGAGGAGGCCAUGCUGGCCGUGCUGCACACGGUGCUUUUGCACCGCAGCACAGGCAAGUUCCACUACAAGAAGGAGGGCACUUACUCCAUUGGCACCGUGGGCAUCCAGGAUGUAGACUGUGACUUCAUCGACUUCACGUACGUGCGUGUCUCCUCUGAGGAGCUGGACCGGGCCUUGCGCAAGGUUGUUGGGGAAUUCAAGGACGCACUGCGGAACUCGGGUGGUGAUGGGCUGGGCCAGAUGUCCUUGGAAUUCUAUCAGAAGAAAAAGUCUCGCUGGCCUUUUUCGGAUGAGUGCAUCCCUUGGGAGGUGUGGACAGUCAAGGUGCACGUGGUGGCCCUGGCCACGGAGCAGGAGCGACAGAUCUGCCGGGAGAAGGUGGGGGAGAAGCUCUGUGAGAAGAUCAUCAACAUUGUGGAGGUGAUGAGCCGGCACGAGUACCUGCCCAAGAUGCCCACGCAGUCGGAGGUGGACAACGUGUUCGACACGGGCCUGCGGGACGUGCAGCCCUACCUCCACAAGAUCUCCUUUCAGAUCACCGAUGCCCUGGGCACCUCCGUCACCACCACCAUGCGCAGGCUUAUCAAAGACACCCUUGCCCUGUAGGCCUUGCUGGCGCCUUGGCAGCUCCCCGGCGGCUCUGGGGCUGUGUUGUGU